AUGUCGUUCCAUGUACCAAGCGAAAAACUCGAUUUUGCAAUCUAUGGAGAUGCCAAUACAAACCAACUUCAACUCUCCCCCUCACAAUAUCGUCUCCUCCAAAAACAACGUCUCGACAUCGCCAAUGCUGUUGCAGCACAAGAGAACACCGAAGAAGGAGGACCCGACUUGACAGGAUAUCAUUCUGGACUCUUCGACCCUUCUCUCGGACGGAAACCUCAUCGCGAGGUCAAGAAGAAGCAGGCCUCAGUUGUGUUUGCCGACCUGCCCCGUCCCUCCUCACUCAAUACAAUCGAAUCAUUACAACAGCGACAGGCACAACAACAGAGACCUCGGAAGUUGGCAAGUCGGCACGGAUCCAUCAAAAUUGACACGAGCCUCGAGACGAUCCACACGCCUUUUCCCUCCAGGUCAACCCGAAUUAAUGCAUCAGUCCAACAACCAAAUCGCCUACAGGAGCAUGAACAACAGCAGCAAAGGCGGUCAUAUCGUCUAGAGAGGCAGUCGCAGUCUUCUCCCAACCUUGCCUCGAUAAAUCCUGUCACGGAUCAAGGUACAAAAGAAGAGAGAGAGCAGGACGAUGACAAGCAGAAUCAUACGCCGACCGUAUCAGUAACACCACCAGCAGCAACUACUGGAGCAGGAGUGGUAGGAAGUGACAUUAGUAGCCGAUCUCAGCAGAUCCCCUAUUCUUCUUCUUCUUCUCGUCAUCCUCGUCGUCAUCCCUUUUCGACUUCUUCUUCCGUAUCUUCUUCUUCCCACUCGCACAAACAUCACGCAACAACGAACGCGGACAAUCAUGUUUCUGAGGAGGAAGAGGAUGUGGAAGAAGUGGUACAGAGUCUCGAGAUGGUCCAGAGUCGUCUAGAGAGCGGAGACGGUUUAUUCCUUGACCCUGAGGAGGAAAGAGGAGGCUCUUCGGUUCUUUGGCCGCUCGUUGCUCAAUCUGCGACCAUCAUCAGCACCACUAGUUCAAGUGGUCGUCCAAGGUUGACCCAUCGGCUGUCAUAUCUGGCUCACUUGCAGGACCUAGAAGCUGACGAGGACGACGAUAUCCCUCUUCCUGCCUUGGUCGGUGUCGAUCCCACACCCUCCAUUCAAUCCGUCAAGCCCUCGCCCGUUGCUGCUUUCGAUGCCCCUGCCUCUGCUCCUGUCUUGUCCUCGGCACCCAUGACUACUCAGACUUCCAGCACUAGACAAACUUCUCUGCCUGUCAAGCAGUCGGUUCCUCCACCUUCCCAUCCUCCAACGCCUGCACUUCAGUCCAAGGCACCACCUCAUUCGAAAUCAGUAGGUACCUUUGCUCAAAAACCGCCUAUCUCUCAGAGUUCCCGCCAACCAGCAGCGGCUCCUCCAAUCCCAAAGUUGUACAAGCGCCUCCUGCGAGUGUUCAAGCCUCCUACAGACUCCUCAGAUUCGGAACAUGGUGAACCCUCGACUCAAUCCCCUACCGUGUCGUUCAGCGGUCGUGGCCCCUUUGGUCUCCCUUCCAACCCUAACAGCCACAGCAGUGGUGGCGGUAGCAAGAGUGCUCCUUCUUCGAAGCGACCCUCCCUCUUCAACGCCCCGCCUCAAGCACCCGCUGUCCUUCCAUCGCUGGCAAACAUUGCAAAGGCUGCACCCCACAAGACCCCGGAAUCGUCGUCGGGUGGUUUCCGAGCCCGGUUCCUGCGUAAGCUAAUGUCCUCACCCAAUCUCAAUGCGUCCGUCUACCCGGCCUCGUCCAACUCUACCCCUUCGUCUCGAGUCGACCUGACACAAUUGAAUGUCUCCCUUGCAACCCUGCAGCCUCAAGGUGUUGGUGACCAACUACAGCAACCCUCUUCACCCUAUUCGCCUUUACCCUCGGAUUUCGAGCAUGAUCAAUCGUGCCCUGCCGGUCAAAGGAUGAUGGAGAGACGCUCUGCAGGUGGUGGACGGCCCAGAUCGGCCACGACCUCAAGAGUUCCCGCGCCUAUGCCGACGUUGCAGUCCAAGUAUGGUGUUCCUGGUCGCGAGCUUGGGGCGGGCACACAGGCCCAGGUUAUGUUGUUGAGGGUCAAGUCUUCUAAGCAUCGCCGGUCCCCCAAAAACAAAGAUGUUGCCUCUUGGUCCAAGCCCGUGUCAACAUCAUCGCCUUCCUCUUCCGCUAAACAUCAGAAGCAAAAGUCACCUCUGUACCAACAGCGAGACUCGCUUUCUCCAGUCGACCAAGAACUCGGUGUUGGUGUUGGCGAUUCUCUGUUGGCUCCCUAUGCUCGUACCGGCACCAUGAUGACGACCACCGAAGAUGAAGUCACCCCAGAGCAACGAGAGGCCUACAGGAAGCGACUCCUCCGACGAACCAGCACCGGUGGGUUAUCGAUGACCAACGGAGGAGGGUUGAUCUAUGCCAUCAAGAAGUUCCGCCCCCCACGAGACACCGAGACACAUCGACAGUUCUUGAAGAAGGUCUGUGCAGAGUUUUGUAUCUCGACUUCGAUGGACCACGAGAACAUUAUCCGCACGCUGGACCUGGUUCGCGAUCAACCUGGUCAAGAGCUGGUGGAUGAUGAGAUGCCCCAGAAGGAGAGUCGUCACCACCAUCGACAUCACCGCGGAGGACACCAUCAACACAAGGAUGAAUGCGAUUAUGAUGAGGAUGAAGACGAUUAUUUCAAGACUGAGAAGCACCGACGGGAGGAGGCACGCGAUUGCAGUUGUCCACGGUCCCACCACCGACGAGUUCGAACAGUUAAGAGUGCAGGAGAUAUACCUAACCAUGGCCACGCUGGAUCUUCAGCCUCAGGCUCAUCUUCCCCGUCGAACAAGAACCGUCCUAUUGCGCGCAAGUCAGUCAUCUCCAAACCGCAGCGCAAACGAUCCAUAGACGCGCUCGCGGCCGCUCGACGAAGCAUUGUAGGCCACCCUGACCUUGACCGAUCGGUCGCUUCUCAUCCUGUCCCAUCAGAAAGCAGCGGCCAUCGCCACCGCCACCUGAACCACUGGAGAGGCGACGCCCACCAUGUCUCAUCCCCUUCUUCCCAGGAAAAGAAGAAGCAGCAACAGCAGUACGAACAAGACCUCCGCCAGAAGGAGGUCCAACGCCUGAGGCAACAACGACAGCGUGAGAAGCAGCAGGCCAAGCAGUUGAGACUGGACCAAUUUCCCGAGUACUGUAUGGUCAUGGAGUUUGCGGCCGGUGGCGAUUUGUUUAACCUGUUGACCAACUCCCACCCGCCCAUUAGUCUUCAUGAGAAGCACUGUCUCUGGCGACAGCUUAUUAAUGGUGUUCAGUACAUGCACAGCAUGGGCGUUGCCCAUCGUGAUCUCAAGCCCGAGAACAUCCUGAUUGACGGCACGGGCCGCAUCCUCAAGAUUACCGACUUUGGGAUCGCCAAUGUCUUCAAGUCUGUCGGAGACCCCAUCCCCUUACCCUGCAGAGGCAUUAUCGGCAGCGAACCCUACAUCGCACCAGAAGAGUUCUACCAAGAAGAAUACGACCCCAGAGCAGUCGAUGUCUGGGCCUGCGGAAUCAUAUUCUACGUCAUGUACUACGCUGCUAUGCCUUGGGCACGCGCAGACCGCAAGAAGGACGCUCGCUUCAAUCGUUUCAUCACUGAUAUCGUGAACCAUCGUCACAGUGAGGCUCAACGACGACUGCAGUAUGAGCGCCGACAGUUGCAUCACCAUAGUCUGUGUAGCAGCACCGGCAAUGGUGGUGGUGUGAGGGUGGGGUCGGUUGGUUCUGGGAACACACGUUCUGGAUCGGGUUCGGGCUCGGUGGAUGCUUAUAGUCGUCCACAUGAAGUCAGUCACCUCCCUCAGUACCCACCCUACAACCCGAACCAACACCAGCAUCAGCAUCAGCAUCAGCAUCAGCAAAAGUCAUCAUCGGUCAGCUCGUCCAGGAGUGGAUCUCCUACAGAAACACCACAGAGCUCCGUCGACAAUUCGCCCGUCUCUUCUAAGCCAGUCGGCCCCCUGUCCUCUCCUGACGCCUUCGCCUCGUCCCCGGUCUCAGUCCCGCCCAGCAGCAGCACCAUCACCACCAUUACUACUACUACUACUACUGCUGUCCCACCAGCGGUGUACAACACAUUCGCUUACAACAACUACCUAGGCGGCCACGAGUUCAUCGACCGAAUCGAGAUCCCCGGCUGCCGCCGGAUCCUGUACGCGAUCUUGGAACCCAAUGCACAUAAACGGGUCACCAUUGAUCAGGUCCUGGCUGACGACUGGGUUAGCAAGAUCCGACAUUGCACAGAUAACUUUGCCGCGCAGGAGGAGCAAGCCUGUUUGGUGUUUGGACGACAUGCAGUGGCGGGGUUAGGUGGUGGAGGGGAGAAUUAUUUGUGUUUGCCAAAUGGAGAGAUGCAUCAUCGACAUGCUGUGCCCAAGAAGGUCAAGACUACUUGA